ACAUAGGGGUUCAAACCCCUGACGUGUAUAAAGCCAAAGCAGACUCAGCACAUGGCAGACCCAAAGCUCCAACAUUCGCACAAAAAAUGGCCAUCAACAUGUCGUCGCUGAUAUCGCGGCCAACCCCGCUCUUCGCCUCAGCGGCCCUGCUGCGCGUCGGCAUGCUAUUAUACGGGCUAUGGCAAGACGCCAAUUCACCCGUGAAAUACACCGACAUCGACUAUCUAGUAUUCACAGACGCAGCGCGUUUCACAUUCACCUCUUCAACAGCACCCGCCUCGCCAUAUGAGCGCGAGACGUACAGAUACACGCCGCUGCUCGCAUGGCUUCUGUACCCGACGACCUUUCCCGGCGCCUUCUGCUUCUCGCUCGGCAAAGUCCUCUUCGCCGCCGCGGAUCUCCUGGCGGGCUAUCUGAUCAUCCGUACGCUGCAGAGCCACAUGCACAUGCCGCUCGAGCGAGCGUGCAGGUUCGCCAGCAUCUGGCUUCUGAACCCCAUGGUAGCCACCAUCAGCACGCGCGGCAGUUCCGAAGGGCUCUUAGGCGUACUGGUCACGGCGCUGUUAUGGGCCGUGAUGGAGAGGAGGGUGGUGUUGUCUGGGGUUCUCCUGGGGCUCGGGGUGCACUUCAAGAUCUACCCCUUCAUCUACGCGCCUGCUGUUGUGUGGUGGAUGGACAGCGAGCACAUGACGCCUAUGACUACUAAUCCUGCUGCGGACGAAAACAAGAGUAAAGAAAUAGCCAAGGGGGAUGUAACAGACGGGGGCAAAUCGGAGCAGCAGCGUCCUUCAACAUUCUUAAAGAGAAUCACCGCUUUCGUAACACCAGAACGCAUCCAAUUAGUCCUCACCAGCCUCGUUACCUUCGCAGGUCUCAACCUCAUCAUGUACGCCAUCUACGGAAUGCCGUUCGUAACGCACACGUACCUGCACCACGUGACGCGGAUUGACCACCGUCACAAUUUCAGCCCUUACAACGUACUCUUAUACCUGACUUCAUCGUCAUCGUCUUCUCCUCCCACCGAAUUGGUAUCUCCAGCGCCUCAUCACGCAUGGGCUAUCAAGAUUGAAUCCAUCGCCUUCGCACCGCAGCUGCUUCUCUCAACCAUACUGAUACCCCUCAUCGGUGCCAAGAAGGACCUCGCCACGACUAUGAUGGCGCAGACUUUUGCCUUCGUGACUUUCAACAAGGUGUGCACAAGCCAGUAUUUCUUAUGGUACAUAGUCUUCCUCCCACUUUACCUUCCAAAUUCAUCCCUAUUAAGAAAACCCGCCCUGGGCGUUAUUGCACUUGGGCUUUGGGUUCUGGCGCAGGGUCUGUGGCUCCAGCAAGGCUACAACCUCGAGUUCCUAGGGUUGAGCACGUUCCUACCGGGCCUAUGGCUGUCUUCCCUCAUCUUCUUUGCUGUAAACUGCUUCAUCUUGGGAAUAAUUAUAGAUGAUCUAUAAAUUCCUUGUAUAGGAAAUAUUGAUUAGUCACACAGCAACUGUAUGUAAGGAUAAUAUGAGCUAAUAGCAAACAGCAGUUGAAGAAACAUGGUCUAUUUAUCAUCACUUUCGUAUACUGCCAUUUGAAUGCUGUUAUCUUGUAUAGAGACCCGAGAAUGGAAAGCUUGUGAUCAGGUUUCCUCAUCUCAGCGCUGCCAAAACAUCUAGGUCAUGUAAACCCCUUUCAUCAUGGACCCCAGUGUCCCUGUACAGCCUUAUAACGCCUUGAACAAUUAUCGUAUUGGGUAUUAUGUGCAGGGAAAAAACAUCAAAAAGACAAAACAAGGCUGAAUGUACCUCUUCAGCAACGUAAUAAGUUUUCCUGAGCGAAAGCCAAUUAACCGACGCUAGCCCGAAAUGCAGUCCAGCUGUGCGUCGUGGUUGGUAUAGG